AUGACAAUCCCUAUUGCAAAGCUACUUAACGGGCCGACGACAACCAAUCGCCCAGUAGCUAGACGUCAUGCAGACAAGCGGAUGGAUAUGGCGUCGCUUGAUUUAUCGACGCAACAACGCAAAUACCGACCAGAGCUGUCAUUGAGUCGGAUCAUUCAAGAACUGGCUGUAAAAGAAGGUCUUAGCAAUGCGUCAAUUACGGCAGAAGGCGUGGCUUAUGACAAGGGGGGACGACAGGAAGCAAGGACUUUGACGAAAUCAACGGCGAAGAGAAAGGCAAAAAAUCACGAGGAAGGUGAUAGUUCGAGUUUGGAAGAGAAUACAACACUAGGAUGGAGAAAGCCUUGCAAUGGUUUUAUACUACCCGCUGAUCUGGAAAAGAAAGCGAAACAAAGAACACUUGUCAAGCAAUCGUACUACCGCAAACUUGACACUUUGGCGAAACUUCGCAAUAAGAUGGAGACGUUGAAGAAUCAAUGCAAGGAAGUUAUUAUUUCAAGAUGUCAGAUACAGAUUAAUGCUUCAUCAGAAGCUCAACUUGAGGAAGAGCAGCGCUAUGAGAAGCUACUUAAUCAGUACACAAAGCUGGCGAUCACGCAAGAUGGUUUGCGCCAUGCGAACGAGAAGCUACGAUAUGAGGUUAUGGAGCAGCUGAAAGCGCGCACGAGUAUUGGCAUUUUGCUGAAUGAAGAGCUGCAAGAACAUGAGCAAGCACGCACCAAAGGUGUGGCGCUUGGAUUGUCUCGCUUGACUUUAGGCGAGCCCUGCAUAAACCCGAUGCCUGAGACUAUGGAAAUGAAACCUAAGCCUGUGCUAGACUUUAUGCCGAUCAGUGAGGACGAUUGUAUUGCGAUUGUAAAGAAGGCAUACACUGAUGUGAGAGCCUUUGCAGACAAGCAGAAUUAUAUCACCACAGGUGCUAGCGUAUUUGGCUGGCGAGACAGACGACAGGUUGAUGGAGAGACCAUGCGAUUUUUUCUAGAGAAGACUUUUGAAAACUACACUGCCGCGGAGGUUUCGAGCCGCAUGUGGGAUUUAGUAUCAUCAGAGCAUGGUGUGAAUCGCAUCUACGCAUCGGAUGUUGCAAUUAAUUUUCAUCUUGUGCAGCGCGUGAACGACGAGAACGUUUUAUUUUAUCGCACGAUUGAGCCAACGGGCAUGCACAUGGUACUCAAGGCCCUUGUCCUGGCCUCUCGCAUUCAGAUUGAUGACAAUGGCAGCUUCAUGUUGCUCUUUCGUUCAGUGGAUCCGGUAGCGCGUGGAAUUGCAAUGAAGGAUACGACUGCUACUUCCGGACUUUGGACCGACAAGAAAGAGAUAUGGAGCGAGGUCUUCAGCUGGGGGGCUCUAUGA